CUGUGACGCCAUCAGCCCGCGCCACACGAGGAGACGUGGGAGCAAAGUGGCAGAGGAACGAGAAGUGUCUCCACGUGUAAUUGUGAGAGGAUGUCGUUGAUCUUGGAGCCGGAGGUCCAGUUCGCACAGAAACUAGCCGCAAACGAGAAACCCACCCGAACCAAGGCUUUGAAGAAACUGAGGAAAUACAUCAAUGUCAGAUCACAGAACGAGACAGGUGGAUUCACAAGUGAUGAACUGCUGAAGCUAUGGAAAGGACUUUUCUACUGCCUGUGGAUGCAGGACAAACCGCUGAUGCAGGAGGAUUUGUCAAACCACAUCUCCUCCUUGAUUCACAGCUUCCAUGAUCUAGAUGGACAGAUUCUAUACUUGGAAGGCUUCCUGCAGACCAUGAAGAGAGAGUGGACUGGUAUCGACAGAUUGCGGAUGGACAAGUUCUUUCAGCUGGUUCGCUUCGUGUUCAGGCAAACAUUCGUGAUGCUGAAGAGGAAAAACUGGGAAAGCAGUGGUGUUGCCAGAUUUCUGCAGCUGCUCACAGCUGAGCUCCUGCAGCACGACAGUGCAGCACCCUGUGGGCUGCAGCUCCACAUCCUCGACCUUUACUUGACUGAACUGGCAACUGUGGGAUCAGAAGAGCUCACAGCUGAUCAGAACUUGUUGUUCAUUGAGCCUUUCUGCAAAACAGCAGCCAAAACCAAAGAUCGUACUCUCUUUGGAGCCAUCUGCAGCAACAUCUUCAGCACUAUUAUUGAACAGGCUCCCUUUGCCAUUGAAGAGUUGAUGAAGGAGAUGAAAGCAGCUGAGGACUCGGACUCUGGACAGGCUUCUGAUGAUUGUGAAGAGGAGGUCCAAGAGACGACGAGCAAACCACUCUCUAAGAAAAUAACUGGGAAGCAGCUCAAUGGUUGUAAAUCUAACGAGGAUGAUGAGGAUGAUGAGGAUGAGCUUCUUCACAUGGAAGACUCGGACACAGAGCUUCAUUAUGACGAUGAUAUUGGUCCCGUUCUACAGUUUGAUUAUUCAGGUCUGGCAGACAAGUUGUUGAAGUUGGCCAGUCGGAACAGCACACCGAGCCACAAUAGACAGAAACUCUACAAAAUCAUCAAAGUACUGCGGGACCUGAGUGAAGGCAUCCUUCCUCGGAAUGAGUAUCCAGAGGAGGUCUCCACAGAUGAGGAUGAUGACAUGUUUGGCAGCAGGAGGAGGAUGAAGAAGAAAAGACGCCAUCACAUGAACGAGCAGGAAGGAACCCCAUCAGCAAAGAAAUGGAAGAAACCAGAGGCAUCCAACCUCACUGAACAAAAUGAAGACGUGGAAGAAGAUGAUGGAGAACAAAUUGACCAAAAUGCUAAUGAAGGGGGGAAAAAGAAGAAAAGGAAAAAGAAGAAAGCAAGAGUGGUUCAAGCUCAGAGUCCAAUUCAAGAGAUUAAAAAGACUGAAGGAAGUCCACAAUGUUCACAAACAGACGAUUUAGGAAAGGGCGCAGUGACACAAAACUCCAUCUCAAGUGGAAAAGACACAGAGGCAGCUACUUCACAGGCUGAGCCAGAAACUCUGUACUCGGAGGCAAACGAACAGCCGUCAGUCACAGUAAAUGAGGAAUUAAAGCCCUGCACCACUGAUGAGGACCAAUCUGAAACACUUUCAAAGAAAAAAAAGAGGCACACUUCUGAGCCUCAGGCUGUGACAAGAGAGCAGCAGCCUUCUGCUGCAACAGCCUCAGAAAUUUCCACUGAAGCAGACACUCCUGUCACACGGAAGAAGAAAAAGAAGAAUGAUACUACAUCAGUACGCCAUGAAGGUUCAGCAGAAAAUGACACAAUCACCAAAAAGCCAACCGAGGCUACUGCUCUUGCAAACCUCAAGACUGGUGCACAGGUCAAGUUAGACGGAAAACUAACCGAGACUAACAUCGUAACUGAAACUUCACCACAUGAAACGGCACGGCCGUUAAAAAAGAAAACAAAGAAAAAGAGCAAGCAAAAACUUGAUGAGAUAAUUGUAGUUUCCCCAGUUGCAGAUGGCGACGCUGUAACACCAGUGAAAAACAAAGGCAAUAAGAGUACAAAAAAAAAAAAAUUGACACUGGAAGAGCAACAAGAAGCUGAAGAAGCCACGCUGGAGGUGAAUGCUAACGGAGAAAUCACCGUGACAAAACCUGCCAAGAAGAAAAGGACACCUGUGCAGGCAGUGGAGAUCAGAGGUGAAACCCAUGUGCAGAUGGUCGACAGUGUGGACACUGAGAUCCCCCAGACUGAAAGCGAGGUAUGCUCCUCCAGGAAACCAAACAAAAAGAAGAGGAGGAUUCCUGUGGUGUUUGAGUUUGAGGCAGAUGAGGUUGUAGCAUCUGCACAGAAGAAUGCAGCAGUCAAUGGCUUUGCAGAAGAAACUCUUACCAAGAAGGAAAAACCUGGAAAUGAUGUUGAAGAACCACCCACGCCUCUGAGCACCAAAAAGUCGCAAAAAAAGGUGAAGAAUGACUUCAUCACCUUUCAGAGCAACACGUUGGCCCCAACACCACUCUUCUGCAGGACCAAGGGAAGCUCCAGCACCCCACUGUCCAGCAAAAAGACACGUCAAACCCCCAAAUCGGAAUCUAAGAAGGUGACCUUUGGUCUCAAGAAUAACAAAACAGCUGAGUUUAGAAAGAGUGAUCGCAGCCUGCUGGUGAGUCCUGACGGGUCAUCACGAGUGCCCUUUGACCCAGAGCAGAAGCCCAAGUUUGGUGUCUUAAAGUCUCCGCCCACGCCAAAGUCCACCAAAAUUAAAAAGACAAGAAAAAUGAGUUUGAAAAGUGCAAAAGUGACACCUAAGCGACGACCUUUGGCAGCAGACUUCUUCUAAGUGAUGCUGACACACUGUAGAUCCAGAUGUAAUCCUCUGAACUUUUUUUAAUGAUUGUCUGAUUAAAACACAAACAUGUUUUGGAGAGAGGUAUUUUUGUGUUGAGCUGUAAUGAGUAAUGCGCUUUGCGUGACUUGAUGUUUGAAUAAGGUUACUUGUUGCUGUUUUCCAAUUUUA